AUGCAAUUCCCAUCCGCUCUCAUUUUUGGCCUUUUAAUCCAAUCCGCUGUUGCCGAACCUGGACAUGUUAGCCAGCAGCCAGGUGGAUGUCCAGCCGGUCAAACUACUCGUAUUAAUGGCCAAUGCCCAACCGGUCAUUUAUCGAGGCGGCACGGAGCAAAGUAUUGUCCCACGCGACGGUGGUCUUACCGCUGGAUUGGCGGCUUUGGGGUGUUGUCUACUUUCCGCUUGGUGUUCCUCACUGCUUCUUCUUAUGGUGUGAGGAUUAGGCCAAUGGACCUGUUACGGCCAGCAAGGCCUCCCAAAAAUGGACAGUACGAUUUUCCGGAGGUUAGCGUUCUAAGUCGGGGACCCCCCUGUUGGAUCACCCCCCCUGAUGGAUCACCCUAA